GAAUUCUAAGUGUAGGGGCUCCUUGUUGGCUGAGUGUGACUGUCUCUCAUUGGCUGGGCUGUUGCCAGGAGAGGGUGGUGAGACGAACCAGCCUGUCUAAGCCUGUGAGAAUUGAACGUAAGGAUGCGUGUGACCACCCUCCCUCCUCCAGACGCUGCUCUUACUAUCUGACUUCAUUCUUUUCUUACUGGGCAAGUGACUGCUCGACGCCCCCCAUCCCACAAUGCUUUCCCACCCAUCUCCCUGUACUUCCUGCUUGCAUUUCUUGGUCCAACCAUAUGUUAAGCAAUGUCACAGGGCCAGCAGACGGUUACUCCUGCUGCCAGUUUCCUAAUCAACGGUAAGCCUUGGGGACGCACAGUGAAAGCAGAGUGGUCCCAGGUGCCCGUGUGGUUGGCACACUCUGCAGUCAGCCAGCACCACAUUUUCACCGACUCCUCUAGAGUGUUGCCUCAGGCAAAGGUACGUUAAGCCUGAGUCCGAAGAGGCUGCAGUUUUCCAGAAAGGACAUCAUCGCUAUCAUUACUGAGCGUCUCCUACUCGGCUUCAGAGGCAAGACGUCUUCCAACGCUUGAAGCCUCCAAGCCAUCAAUAACCCCAGAUGGCCUCCCGAGGAGAUAAGAAUGCAGAACUGGAGGCAGCCUCAGCAGGUGGUACCCCAGCGAGCCAGGUGGAACCAGAGGUGGUGAAUAACUCUGUCUACCAGCCCAUUAAUGGAUCACAAAAUCAACAGAAGGAGAAGUUACAGGCCCUUGGGGCCGUCCAGAUCCUGAAUGGAGCAACAAUUCUGGCUCUGGGUGUUUUUAUAGGUUCCUCACAAAGCAUAUUUCGUCCCUUCCGCCAGUUUUUCUUGGUCUUCUACACAGGCUACCCACUAUGGGGUGCUGUUUUUUUUAUUGUUUCAGGAUCCUUGUCUGUUGCAGCUGGGAGAAAACCCACAAGAAAGUUGGUGGAACACAAUUUUGGAAUGAAUAUUGCCAGUGCUACCAUUGCUCUAGUCGGGUUUGUUUUUGUCUCGAUCAAUUUAGCAGUUAAUAAGUAUUCUCUCAAGGGAUGUCCGUCUUCACAGUCACUGGACUUAUGCAUUUGCAUGGGCGUCUUAUCAAACGGCAUCAUGUCUCUAAUGCUCGUCCUUACCUUGCUGGAAUUAUGCAUCAGCAUCUCUGUUUCAGCCAUGUGGUGUGCAGAAAACAAAUGUAAUUCCAGACAGGCGAUUUCCUCACCUGGUAAUUCUGUGUAAGCAGAAAUGCCUCCUGAUGAAACUAAAUCUGAGAGCAAGGAAGUUCAACCUCAACUCUCCAAGGAGUCAGAGCUUCAUCAAAGACCUCAGGAAGACAGGAGCCUCCUCUCUUUACGGCACGAAUCAAGAGAAACUUGAAUUUCUGACUCAACUUUUUUGUUUUUGUAAAUUCUGUGCUCACCACUCCAAAGUUGUUCCCAUAAUCGGUGCUCUUUCUUCUUACCCACCUACCCCAUUGCCUUACAAGGUUUAAAGGAGGCAGGCAGAAUAAUUCCCGUUUUAUGAAUUCUCUCUAAAUCCAACUCCCAACCACCCAUUGAGAAGGAAAACGAGUCAGAUGUUUUUUGCAUUGCAGAAAAAUGCUUCUUGGCUUUAGCUGACGUCAGCAUUGUAAAAACUCAAAUAAAAAAAUCAUCAUUAUCAUCGUUAA